UCUUUUUAAGCCAAUGGUCGUCCACCAAUAUUACACGUUCUCUUUCCAAAGAUGGCGACACGAGGAUUUUGGUUUCGUGCGUUAUUUCUUCUUACAUUGGUUUCUCUUGGUUCAUGCGUUACUCCGAGAACUGUCCUUAGUGUGGAUGAGCAGUCAAGAAUUAAGGAAAAGUUACUUCAGGAUCUUCCAGAUUUGAAAAAUCUAGAAGAUUUAUAUUAUAAUGUUGCCUCGCUGAAAUUCUUGAAAUCUGAAGUUCCAAAAUCCAAAGAAAUCUGUAGUAAAGUGAACUCACUUGUUAACAACCAGCUUGUAGAAAGUAUUUAUUAUGCAUCAUCAGUUGGGAAACAACUUGGAAAUUGCAAGGUCAACAUCGAGAAUGCUGGGGAAACCCUUUCUGCUUCUCUUAAUGGAAAAUCAAGCUCUCAAACAAUUCGUUUUGCUGUUGAAGCUCUUCUUAAUCUUGGACUAAAAGUGGAGGAAAAACGUGUCACUGCUAUGUUAAAAGCUAUUCUUCAAGAAGAGAAAGAGGAUUUUGUUCCAUGUGUAACAAAUGCAUUAUAUGUUAUGUCGUCUUUAUCUGGUGAUUUUUCAUUUGCUUUUGAUGCCAUUGAGGAUGCAGUUGCACAAGCUGAUGAAAUUGCUGACACAUAUUUACAGUUUGAAGGGGGACUGACUGUUACGGCUGAUUUUAUUACUGCUGUCUACAAGCUAGCUGCACACAUAAAAAAGGAACCCACAAUGUCAGAAGAGCAAGCAAUUAAAUUCACUAGUUACUUGCUGUCAAGAAAGUAUGUUCAAAGUUCAAGAGAUGCAUUUUAUAUCCUUAGUUCUCUGACAAUGCUUGCUGAUAAUCAGUUUCAAGUUCCUUUGAUUACCCUACUUUACAAUGAUGGUCCUAUCUCUGAUGAUAACAAACUACUAAAGGUAAAAAUUACCGAUGUUUUGGACAAAGCAAUUACUGACAUGAAGGUGACUGCAGAGAGUAUUGUUGAUAAAAAUGAUGGUGAUUUGCUGUCAAAUAAAGAUUUUAUAAAAGAAAAGGAUUUCUAUCAAAUUGUCAUCAUGAGUCACAAUCCAACUCCUGGAUUUUAUAAACUGGCUUUAAGUCUCAAGCCAAACAAACAAGACAAACGUUUGAUUGGACUAUCACCUUCUGAACUUACAUUCAAAGUUGUUACAAGAAUUUCUAUUGAAGAUAUUUCUGUGUCAAUCUUUGAUAAAGAGCAUGCAUCGCAAGUUAGUUCUAACAGUGUGAAUUAUCCAAAAGGAUUGGAUGCAUCAUUGGAAGCUGAUUACCAUCAAAAAGUUGUCAUGGUGUUCUCUUUGAAAGAUAUUUCAUCCGGAAAAUUAGUGACAGCACAUCAGACGUUUGUUCGUCUUAUGAACACAAAAACCAAUCAAGAAAUUUUCUUCGUCGCAGAAGCUGAAAACAACAAAGUUUAUAAGUUUGACCUAGAUGUUGGAGCUUCCGCCAAGGAGUCGUUUUCGUCAUUAUCUGGCGAAUAUCAAAUGGAUCUCAUUAUCGGCGAUGCUGCCAUUGAAAAUUCUCUAUUUUGGAAUAUUGGCUCCAUUAAACUAAGUUUCUCUGGGAGUUCAGCGGCACGUGUACCUAAGGAGAAAGAAAGAUUGUUCAAAAUUAAACAAGAAAUAGAGCACAUGUUUCGUCUGCCUGAGAAGCGUCCUCCAAAAACUGUGUCAACAGCAUUUACAGCUCUUGUUCUCUUGCCAUUAUUUGUUCUUUUCGUAGCAUGGUUAAGAAUUGGUGUGAAUUUUUCAAAUUUCCAGUUUUCCAUUUCUGCUAUUGGUUUCCAUAUUGGUCUUGGUGGCAUUUUUCUCCUUAUGUAUGCCUUUUGGACUUCUUUGAAUAUGUUUAGCACUUUGAAAAUAUUGGCUUUGGUUGGUUGUAUAACUUUUUUGACUGGAAAUUCACUUCUUGCAAAUUUGGCUGCUCAAAGAAUGAAGAAUUAGUUUGGAGCAAAGAUAAACACUUGUUGAAUUCAUCGUUGGGUUGCAGAUAGUGUGACUGGAAACCUGAUAACUCUUGUUUUAGAGAUACCAAUGCUGCUUAAAAUUGUCUAUUCAUUUAAAAUUAAAAUAAAAGAUUUUUCGUUGUUGAAAA